AUGGCGCUGGUGACUCUGCAGCGGUCGCCGACUCCCAGUGCAGCUUCUUCGGCCAGUACUGCCACCACGGCCCCGGGAGAGGACUUUGGUAGUGACGAUGAAAGGCGAGCCAACCAGAGGAAGAACGGCCUGAUUUCCGGAAACGGGAUGUAUUUGGUAGUUGAACCCGUACAGUUGGGCAUUAUGAAGUUGUUGCCAUUUUUUGUAGAAAAUGCUGUUUUUACCCAGCACAAGAUUCAUUGUAUUCUCAGUGAGAGCUUCUUCAUGGUGAAGGGGGCUGCCCUCUUUUUGCAGCAGGGCAGCAGUCAUCCCAACCAGAAGACUCAUCCUCAAUACAAGCAUGCAGGUGAUCUUCCCCAGCAUCUUCAGGUUAUGAUAAAUAUUCUUCGCUCUGAGGACAGAAUCAAACUGGCAGUGCGGCUGGAGAGUGCAUGGUCUGAUCGCGUGAGGUACAUGGUAGUUGUGUACACCAGUGGCCGCCAGGACACGGAGGAAAACAUCUUACUGGGAAUUGACUUUACCAACAGAGACUGUAAAAGCUGUUCAGUUGGUAUGGUACUACCAUUGUGGAGUGAUUCUAAAAUUCAUCUGGAUGGAGAUGGGGGCUUCACAGUGAGCACAGCCAGUAGAACGCAUGUCUUUAAACCUGUGUCUGUGCAAGCAAUGUGGUCCGCACUCCAGGUGUUGCACAAGGCAUGCGAGGUGUCACGAAGAUUCAACUAUUUCCCUGGAGGAAUGGCGCUGACAUGGACCGGCUACUAUGACAGUUGCAUUUCAUCUGAACAGAGCUGCAUCAACGAGUGGAAUGCCAUGAAGGAUUUAGAGACGACAAGACCGGAUUCGCCAAUUAUGUUUGAUGACAAGCCUUCACAGAGGGAAAGAACAGAAUGUCUUAUUAAAUCCAAACUCAGAAGUGUCAUGACGUGUCAGGAUCUGGAGAACGUGACUUGUAAACAGAUCCGCACAGAGCUGGAGCAGCACAUGAACUGUAACCUCAAAGAAUAUAAAGAGUUUAUUGACAAUGAAAUGCUACUGAUCCUGGGUCAGAUGGACAAACCCAGUCUCAUCUUUGACCAUGUUUAUUUGGGAUCUGAAUGGAAUGCAUCUAAUUUGGAGGAACUCAAAGAAACAGGAGUGGGCUACAUUCUCAAUGUUACUAGAGAGAUUGACAACUUCUUUCCAGGGACAUUUAAUUAUCACAAUGUAAGAGUCUAUGAUGAAGACUCCACUGACCUUUUGGCCUUUUGGAAUGAGACGUACAACUUCAUUGUCAAAGCAAAAAAGAAUCAGUCAAAAUGUCUUGUCCAUUGUAAGAUGGGUGUUAGCCGAUCAGCAUCCACUGUCAUUGCUUAUGCUAUGAAGGAGUAUGGUUGGUCAUUGGAGAAGUCUUACAGUUUUGUGAAGCAAAAACGAAGUAUUACACGUCCAAAUGCUGGUUUUAUGAAACAACUAGCUGAAUAUGAGGGAAUUUUGGAUGCCAGUAAACAACGACACAAUAAGUUGUGGCAGCCGGACUUGGACUGUGAGAUGGCUGAAGGAAUGUCGAACGCAAGUCAGUGUGGUGCAGAUGAGGGAGAUCACGUGAUGCCGGAGCCGUCCAUGUCGCCUUGUAGUGAAGAUAAAGAUAAAGGCGCUGCCUGUCUGCCUCGUCCUACUGUCUCUCUACAGAUUGCAGACCCAGCCUAUAACAAUUAUUAUUUCCGCCGGCUCUCAGACUCAGCACUAGAUAGUGAACCCUCAACCCCAGUGCGUGGACCUCCACUUCUGGGUAUGGAAAGGGUUUUCAUCGAAAUUGAGGAUGUGGAGCGAGAUGCGUUACUGGAUGAAGAGUCUUUAGUUGGGCGUGAAGGCCUUCCCCUCUCACACUGUGGGCCCUCAGCUGAGAUAGGCAGCCGCGGAGCUGAGCCACUAGAGGAGCUACGGAAGAGGCUAGAGUGUAGUACGGUAGAAGAGGAGGAUGAGGAAGAGGUACAAAAAGAAGCUGAAAUGGAGGUGCUUAUGCAGCCAGACAAAGGAGAUAGUGAUGGCAAUGGGAUGGACCUAGCAGCUAUGAAUGACAAUGCAAAUAACAACAACAUUAUGAACACCCCAGCCAACCCCACUGACUGCAAGUCACAUACGCCAGUUACAGCUGUGGACAGGUGUGGAUCCAAGGAUAUUAUUUCAAUCAAAUGGAGUCCUUGCAGAAUCUUGAAUGCUUCCGUCUCUUCUGCUCCAUUGACCCCAGAAGAUCAGAUCGUGCCUCGGUGUAAAUGUGCCAACUGUGAUUUACCGCCUUCCGGAACACAUGCCUCUUCUCCUCGUGGCUCCACACUGACGCGCAGCUCUAGCAGUGAGAGUCUGCGCAGUGUCAAAGGGAGGCCUGGUCUGGUGCGUCAGAGAGCAGAGGAGAUAGAGACCCGCAUACGUCUCGCCGGCCUGACACUGCCCUCAAAGCUGAAGCGCUCCAACUCGCUGGCCAAGAGGCUGAAGAUCACCAAACAACUAACAAAGAGCACUCUGUCGACUCUGGGACAAGACCAGCCGCUCAGACAUUACCUCUGCCCGAACAAUAUGGGACAAAAUCAAGAUAAACUUGAAGAUGGACAGCAGAUGCCAGGUGAAGAACUGGUGGGACAAAGAAGGGAGUUUAGAGAAGAAUCCCUGCACAAAGGUGAACUCAUUGUGGGGGGAAGCAGCUCCAGUGAUGAGGUGGACGUUAACGCAGAGAAAAUGUUACAAGCCUGGGAUUUUGGACCAGGCCAGAUGCCAACAACCAAUACGACUGAGAAUUUCAUAAACAUGUGGGAGAGUCCAUCCAGUUUGGAAGAGGUGAGAGCGGGAGGGACUAAGGCAGUGCGAGGAGGACGUAGGGUGCUGCAUGUCCAUGACACAAACCAAAAAAGCCAGGAGACUGUUGAGAACUUCAGAACUCCUACACAUUUGUUACAAACCAGGAAGAUCAGAAAGGGUCAGGCUUUAGGGCACACUGUGAUGGAGCAGCAGGCAGAAGCUGGAGUCCAACAAGAGGAGGAUUUCUCUGGAGCAGGGUCGCCUCCAAGUCUUUCCAACAGUUCCAUGGAUGAAGACUCUGAAGAGGAUUCUGGUGUGAUGAAGAUGAAAGGAAGAGGACUUUUAGCAGCACCUGGGGAACGAGCACUCUCCCAGCAUGCAGCAAGCGAUGACUCAGUGAUAGUCCGAAACAAACCCCACUGUGCCCUGAGACCCCGGCCUGUCUCUGAACUGAUUAAAGAGAGCAUCCAAAUCCAUGAGAAACUGGUGCAACAGGAGAGGUCCAACCCAGCCGAGCUCAAGGCCAGUGACCACGGCCAGUCGGUCAAAGUGGCUCAGAUGAAGGCUGCCUUUGACUCUGUUCAAAAGUGUCCUGAGAAAGGCAUUGAGAGGAAACCAUCUCGAAGAGCUGCAUCCCAACCGCUUAUUUAUCUGUCAAGAGAUAUGAGUUUUGUGCGAGUAAGCAAAUAUCGUCACGUCUUUGGUCAGACGGCAAAGAAUGACCAAUGCUACGAUGAUAUCAGAGUAUCCAGGGUCACAUGGGACAGUCAUUUCUGUUCUGUCAACCCCAAGUUUGUUGCUAUAAUUAUUGAAGCAAGUGGUGGUGGAUCCUUUCUUGUUCUUCCUGUGCACAAGACAGGACGAAUUGACGCCUCACAUCCCACAGUGUGUGGGCAUAAGGGCCCAGUGUUGGACAUUGCCUGGAGUCCUCAUAAUGAUAACAUUAUUGCAAGUAGCUCUGAUGACUGCAGCAUCAAGAUAUGGGAAAUUCCAGACAAUGGCUUGGUCUCACCUCUUGAAGAACCACUCGUGGAGCUGGAACACCACUUCAAGAAAGUGGGCAUCAUUGCAUGGCAUCCAGUAGCAAGCAACAUUCUUCUGAGUGCAGGCUGCGAUAACCUCAUUGUCAUCUGGAACCUGGAGACACAAGAGCCUCAGAUUGAAUUGGACAUGCACCCUGAUCUCAUUUACAAUGUUUGCUGGAACUUCAAUGGUAGCCUUAUUUGCACUGCCUGCAAAGAUAAGACUGUCCGAGUUAUUGACCCACGCAAGAAAGAAAUUAUUGCUGAAAAAGAGAAGGCACAUGAAGGUGUUCGCCCAAUGCGAGCCAUUUUUUUGAAAGAUGAUAAGGUGCUAACUACUGGCUUCAGUCGAAUGAGUGAAAGACAUGUGUGUCUGUGGGACAAGGAUAACAUGGAAGAGCCCUUGUCAAUGUUGGAGUUGGAUGUGGCUAGUGGAGUGCUUUUACCCUUUUAUGACCCAGACAGUAACAUCAUUUACCUCUAUGGAAAGGGUGACACUGUGCUUCGCUACUAUGAAUACACCAAUGAGGAACCGUAUGUUCAUUAUAUCAGCACUUUCUCAUCUGCUUCCACCCAGAGAGGCAUGGGCUAUAUGCCAAAAAGAGGGCUCAAUGUCGAUAAAUGUGAAAUAGCUCGAUUUUUCAAACUCAGUGAAAGGAAGUGUGAACCUAUAGUAAUGACUGUUCCAAGAAAGUCUGACCUUUUCCAGGAGGACUUGUAUCCAGACACAGCUGGACCUGAACCUUCUCUGGAGGCUGCAGAGUGGUUUGAGGGCAAAAACGCAGAUCCCAUUUUCAUCUCUCUUAGGCCUGAAAAUGUGUCUAAGAACCAAGAGGUGAAAAAGAAGACAAUUUUGGCAAAAAGGGUGCCCAAGAAAAGCGAGCACUCAAGCAGCGCCAAUGUCACUUCAUCAAAUAAUUCUGAUGCCAAACUGGACGAGGUCCUGAAGGAAAUCAAGUCCCUCAGAGAUCUUGUCAGCAGUCAGGAAAAACGAAUCAGCCAACUUGAAGAGAAAUUAGCUGAAAUCACAAAUUAA